AUGACGGAAUGGACGCAGCGGGCGCAUGUCCUGGCGGACCAUGCCGUGUCAGGCGUGCUGGGCCAUGUGUCAUCGCUGCACUUUGAUACCAUGUCUGAACUGUUGUGGGUCGGUAGUGCCUCUGGUCAGCUGACAUCACACACGGGCGCGCUGCCGACGUUGCCGCGCUACACGUCUCUAGCCGCGCAUGGUGUGCCUAAGCAGCCGAGGCAUGUGCGCGGCAUUUUGAGCGAUGACAAGUUUAUUAUCAGCCUGAGUGAGGGGCGUGUAUGUGCAUCGCAGCGACAGGGACUGGGGCGCUGGUCGAUGCAGAUCGAGGACCAUGCACCGGGUGUGGCACUAGCCGGACUCUGUGCGUCGCCGCAAAGUGCGAGUUCUGACAUUAUUGUCGGAGGCGCAGCUCCGAAUUCGCAUGAUGCCUUAUUCGCGCUGCACUCGAUAUCCGGGCGUGUCGUACGCAGUGCCGUAUCUGACGGCACGGUGACACAGCUUCGCAAGGGCAGUCGUUACUUGUGUGUCGGGACAGAACAAGGCACGAUACAGCUGCACGAUCCUCGCUCGCUGCGUGCUGAGCACAAGCUCCCAGCACAUCACGGUGGACUGAUAGACCUGCAAACGGAUGGGCACUUGAUCUACAGCAUCGGGUGGACGCUUCGUCAGGGCCGACGCAUCCCUGAGCCGUUUAUCAAGGCACAUGACGUGCGCACGAUGCAGGCUCUGAUUCCGACGCCUCUCACAGCCCCAGGUGGUCCUGCAUUACUUGCGAUCCACCCGAAAAAGUCCUCGAUCGUCGCUGUGGCCACGCCGCAAUCCCAGUUUCAGCUCGUCGAUAUACACCAACCAGGCCAGAGCCAGUUUUACUCGAUGCCUUCGGCCGCUUUGAUCACAGCCUUGGCGUUUUCUUCGUCCGCCGAGGCGCUGGCGUUCGGCGAGUCAGACGGCUCUGUGCGCGUAUGGACCAGCGAUGCGCAUGCCAACACGCUGCGGAUCAAUGCGUACCCCACGCCGCCCGUGAGCAUGCCAGACUAUGCACCGCCACCACCGGUGAUGGAGUGGACGGACGACACGCCUCUGUCGUGCAUUGGCAUGCCGCACUAUGACAAGCCGCUGCUUUCGCGCAUCAAUUACGAUGCCUUGUGGUCAGACGCGAGUCCUCUGUUUUCGAUCCGUGCGCCUGUGCGCCCUGACGCCCUGGAGCAUGCCCAACACAUUCGAGGGCUCACGUAUGCACCGCUGCCGCGGCAUCUGCGUGGCACACGCAACCGCCUCGUGCCGUCCGAUCCCGUGCUGGCACGGCUUGAUCGGCAUGGCAAGCUCACGCCAGCGGCACGUAUGCGUCUGCGCCAAACGCAGCACGGCGCCGUGCGCCGUAUUCCGCCUCCCUUGUCGGCACGACACACGGAGCCCAUGCCCGACUACUAUGGCCACUUGUCCAUUCCCUACAGUCGCUUUGGCGUGGAGGACUUUGACUUUGCGUCCUACAAUCAGACGCGCUACGCGGGCCUGGAAACCAACAUUGGCGCAGCGUACGCCAACUCGUACUUCCAGGCGCUGCACUAUACUCAGCCGUUCCGUGCGUUUGCCAAGCAGCACACUAUUAUGCCGUGCGCGGACGACGAUUGCCUGCUAUGUGAGGCCGGCUUCCUCUUCCGCAUGCUCGAAGACGCCCAUGGCACGCACUGCCAGGCCACGCAACUGCUUCGCGUCCUCACGCGGUCGCCGCAAGCGGCCCUCCUAGGCCUUCUUGACGAAUCGAAUGCGCCGUAUUCGCACAUGGCGCAGACGCUGAACCACUUUUUCCUCGAGUGUGCGUCUCAGCAUGCUCUUCGAACAAGCACCUCUGCGGCUCUUGAUCGAGCAUUCUUGCCGCUCUGUGUGAAUCCAUGUGCAUGGUCCCUGCUGCAGUAUAGCACAUGCCAUGCAUGUGGACACACCACGGCACGGUCCCAGCUUGCGCAUGUCGUCGACUUGCUAUACCCCACCGGUGCCGCACCUCAUACGUACGACUUUGCGACGCUCCUGAGUGCUUCGAUGCUGCGCGAGACCUUCUUCAAAAGCACGUGCCGUCAAUGCUACACGCGCUUUGCGCCGCAUAAUACCUGGCGCAGCGCCGCCUCGACGCAUGCCCUGCCCGCUGUGCUGUGUGUGAACACGUGCAUCGAUGGGGCUGAGCAGUUCCACCACUGGGAGCCCACAGACCACGGCUUUGUGCCGCUUCGUCUCGCCAUGGACGUCGAGCAUGGGUACGUGCACGCGCAGAGUGUAUGGGACGCCUCCGCACCAUGGCCGCGUGCGGGCACAGCCUGCUACAUGCUCCGUGCGAUGGUCAUCCAAGCCCAAGGGGCCCGUGAUGCCCCGCAUCUGUGUGCUCUUGUCCGUGCUCCGAACGAUGACGACGCGCCGGACGCUUGGUACGUCUUUAACGACUUCCUCGUGCGCCCCAUUACCGAGGCGGAGGCGCUGCGUUUCGGCGAGCCGUGGAAAGUGCCUGCGCUGCUUGUGUGGGAACGCGUCGAUGACGUGGCCGAGUCUCACGCCAAGCAUCUCGCGGAUCUGGCGCGCCAUCUGCGGCCUGAUCUAUCGCUGCUGCUGCAGGACACGCACAUAUCUCAGCAUCGACGCGAUGACCUGUGCCGGCACCGGAUUCUGUCCGAGUCUGAGCUGCCCAAGCCCGGCACACUCGUCGCUAUUGAUGCCGAGUUUGUGUCGCUGGCGCAGGAGGAACUCGAGGUGUUUUCAGACGGCACACGCACGCUCAUCCAGCCGAGUAGCCUGGCUCUAGCGCGCGUCUCCGUGCUGCGUGGCGAAGGUCCUCGCGAGGGCGAGCCAUUCAUUGAUGACCAUAUCUGGACCACGGAGCCGAUCGUCGAUUACCUGACGCAAUUCUCCGGUAUCCAGCCGGACGAUCUCGAUCCGAAACGGACGCAGCGCACGCUUGUAUCGCACAAGACAGCCUACAAAAAGCUGCGCAUGCUCACGGACCUUGGGUGCCGCUUUAUUGGGCAUGGUCUCGCCAAAGACUUUCGGAUCAUCAACAUUUUCGUGCCGCCGAGUCAGGUCAUUGAUACCGUGCAACUGUACCAUUCACCUGCGCAUCCGCGCAACUUGUCGCUCCGCUUCCUCUCGUGGUUUCUGCUCAAAAAAGACAUUCAGCAAGGUCUUGCACUUGGCGUUGAGCAGCAUGACGGGCACGACUCCAUCGAGGAUGCUCUCGCGGCGCUGCAGCUGUUCCGCAAGUAUGAACAGUUUGAGCGCGAUGGCCGUCUCGAGGACAUGCUCGAGGAUCUGUACGAGAUUGGCCCGCGUGUGAAUUGGCGUCCACCAGAAAAGAUUGCUUCAUAG